UUCCCGGCAAGUCUCGGGGAUGGCUCGGGCCGCGGCGCCCCGCGCUCCGCCCGCGGCCCGGGCGGAAAAGUUUCUCCAUGCUGCCUUUGUGUCGCCGGGGCGCGCGGUCGCCGGCCGCCCGCCGCGCCAGCCUCGCCGGCCGGAGGAGGUGGCGGAGUAGCUAGAGGGCGGCGGCGCCCCCCUGCAGGAGCCUGCGCCCAGGGGCUCGCCCCGCGCCUGGGCUCGCCAUGAUCGCCACCGGCGGCCUGCUGAGGAUUUCCGCCCGGAAGCAGGAUCCCCUCCGCCCCCCGAGCCAGGUCCCCAAGCGCAAGCGGAAGGCCAAGAAGAGGCGCAAGAACGACGUGGUGGUGGUGAAAGGCAAGCUCAAGCUGUGCUCCAUCUCCGGGCUCAUCGCCCUCUGCGGGAUCCUGGUGCUGCUGGUGGGCAUCGCCAUGGCGGUGGUGGGCUACUGGCCCAAACCCAACGGGGCCACCCAUCGGGACGCGGGCAAGCAGCUGCCGUCCGCGGGCAGCGGCCCCCGGGACCCGACCACGGCCAGCGGCAGCAGCGCGGUCAGCAGCAGGAACCGAACCCGGAGCCCUCCGGAGACCCCAGACGGCGCCAACUCCACUGCGGCGGGCACUCCCCGAGGCGCGCCCCCCGCGAAGUCCUCGGCCCCGUCUCCGACCUCCUCCACGUCGGUGGGCUUCUUCUUCCGCGUCUUCUCGGGUUACCUGCACUCGGACAAGCUCAAGGUUUUCGGGCCCCUGAUCAUGGGCAUCGGCAUCUUCCUCUUUAUCUGCGCCAACGCCGUGCUCCACGAGAACCGGGACAAGAAGACCAAGAUCAUCAACCUGCGGGACCUCUACUCCACCGUCAUCGACGUGCACAGCCUCCGCGCCAAAGACCUGGCGGCGGCUGCAGCGGCGGCGGCCGCCGCGGCCGCGUCCUCGUCCUCGGCCCCCGCCCCGGCGCCCGCGGGGGCCCCGCUCAACGGCUUCCUGGGCUACGUGCAGGCGCGGGGCUUGGACCUGGAGCCCGGGAGCUGCGGCGCGGCGGCGGCGCUGCUGGCCAAGGGCGCCUGGCCAGCCCGGGACGCCGCGUCGCCCCCGGACCUGUCCUCGUCCCCGCGCCGCCCGCGGGAGCCCCCGAGCCUGGAGGAGGCCGUGUACAGCAUCUGCCGCCAGCGCUCCGACGUGGCGGCGGCGGCCAGCAGCAGCAGCAGCCCGGCGCCCUGCAGCCCGGCGGCGAGCUGGGGGCGCCAGAGCACCGCCAGCUCCCUCGUGGGCUCCUCGCUGAGCGCCUUCGCGCUGCUGCCCCUGCACGGGGAGCGCGACGGGGCCGGGAACGCCGCCGAGGGCGCGAGUUGCAGCUGGCAGCGGCCCCCGGGGGAGCGCGGCGCCCGGGAGAUCCCGCGGGGCAAGCUCGACCUGAGUCUGACCGACCUCCCCGGCUGGGAACCCGGCGAGCCGGCGGCGCGCGCCGCCAGGGGGCAGGGCGGCCGCCUGCCCAGGACCGGCAGGUCCGCGGCCUGGCGGCGCAGCAGCACCAGCGGCCUCCCGGACCCCCGCGCCGCGCCCUCCCCGGGCAGCGCCGACCUGGGCGUCGCCCUCCUGGCCGGCGCCGCCUCCCCGGAGCCCGCCUCGCCGCGGGAGCACUCGCCGCCCGCCAGGUGUGACUCGCCCAGCUCCCGGUCCGACGACCCACCCUGCAGCAAUAAGGGCUACGCACCCCUGCGGGAGGCUGGCACCUCCCAGGAGUCGGUGGGGGAGGCGGCGGCCCGGGAAAGUCCAGACUGCGCAGCCCCCGCCGCCCCGGGCGCGGAGCAGGACCCGCGGGACGAGCCUCGCCCCGAGCCGCCCCCGGCCCCGGCCGAGUCCCCCCAGUCCGCCCAGAAGCAGUUUACAAACAAAGAGAAACUCUUGAUGAUUUCCCGGUCUCCGGCUGCUGCGGGGGAAGACCAGGAGCUGGAGAGCACUGGCUUAUAG